AUGGCUCCUGCUGCCCGUCCUGAAAAUGUCCUGAAGAGGGCCGAUGAACUCAUCGCUGUGGACCAGUCCACUGCCGCUUUGGAGUUACUUUACGAAACUCUCACAUCCAAGCGCACGCGUAAUGUCACCAUUGAGAACCUCGAGCCCAUUGUUUUGAGAUUUAUUGAUCUUGCAGUUGAUCUCAACAAGCCUAAGAUCAUCCGUGAUGGUCUCUACCAAUACAAGAAGCUUGUUCAGUCGACCUCAAUCUCCUCGCUUGAGCUUGUCAUUAAAAAGUUCAUUCAAUUGUCUGAGGAUAAGGUGGCUCAGGCUCAGGCCAAGGCUGAUAAGAUCACCCUUGAUGCUGAUGAUGAUCUUGAAGCUACUGAAUCUCCUGAGGACAUUCUUUUGGCUACGGUGUCUUCUGAGCAGUCCAAGGACAGAACUGACCGUGAGGUGGUUACCCCCUGGCUCAAGCUCCUCUGGGAAGCUUACCGAAUUUCUCUUGAUGCUCUUCGCAACAACUCUAAGCUUGAGAUUCUUUACCAAAAGGUUGUUUCCCAGGCUUUUGACUUUUGCGUCAAGUACUCUAGAAAGACUGAGUUCCGCAGACUUUGUGACAUUUUGCGUCUUCACCUUUCCAAUGCUUCACAAGCAAAGUCUUCCCCUGCUCAGCAUCCCAUUGACCUUUCUGAUCCCGACACUCUCCAACGCUUCCUCGACACCCGCUUCCGUCAACUUGAGGUUGCAGUUGAACUUGAGCUUUGGCAGGAAGCUUUCCGCUCUGUUGAGGAUGUCCAUACCCUUUUGAGUGUUUCCAAGCGCCCUGCUAAGCCUGCCAUGAUGGCCAACUACUACGACAACUUGGCUCGCAUUUUCCUUGUCUCUGGUAACUACCUUUUCCAUGCCACUGCUUGGUCCAGAUACUGGGGUCUUCUUGUUCAAUCCCGCAAUGUUCGUGAAGAGGAGCUUGUUCGCGUUGCUUCCUUCUUUUUGAUUGCCACUUUGUCUAUCCCCACUUUCCCUCAAUCUCAGCAGCUUCGUAGCUCCCAGGACGAUGGUGAUCAACGUCACCGCAACAGCAGACUUACCAAUCUCCUCAACUUGUCUAAGAACCCUACCCGUGAUGCUCUUUUGAAGCAGGCUCUUUCUAAGAAUGUGUUGAGUUAUGUCCGCCCUGAAAUUCGCCAACUUUACAACAUUCUUGAGGUUGACUUCCACCCUCUCGGCAUCAAGUCUCGCGUUGUUCCUGUUAUUUCCAAGAUUGCCGAGUACAAGGAGUAUACUCCUUACUUCAAGCCUCUUUACGAUGUCAUUUUGACUCGUCUCUUUCAGCAACUCUCGCAGGUUUAUGAGACUGUCAAGUUUGACUUUGUGAUUGACUUGGCUACUUUCCCUGCACCCUUUGACUCGACUCCUGUCUCUAUUGAGAAGUUUAUUGUGCGCGGCUGCCACAAGGGCGAGUUCAACAUUACGAUUGAUCACGAGAGCAGAUCCAUCACUUUUAGAGAUGGCAUUUAUGACGAGUCUUCUGUCAACAGCAGCAUUGCUGCCUCUGCAUCUUCUUUGCAGUUGACUCCCUCGGAGAUUGUGCGCACUCAGCUUUCUCGUCUUGGGUCCACUCUUUUCAGCGUCAUCAACCAGGUUGAUGUUUCCUACAUUGAGGGCCGUGCUCUCCUUCGCAAGCAGGCCGUUGACCGUGCUCUUGCCGGCUUGAAUGACGAGAACCUGCAAACUCUUGAGCGCAUCAAGGUUAUUGAGCGCCGCCAGCAAGCUGCCAUUGAGGAGCAGAUUAAGCUUGAGGAAGAAGAAUCCCGUGCCCUCCGUCGCAAGUUGCAAGAAGAGCGUGAAGCUGAGAAGCAGCGUCUUGCCAAGGAGGCAGCCGCUCGUGAAGAAGAACGUCGCAAGCGUGAAGAAAAUGAAAUUUUGGCUCGUGAAAAGCGACGUCUUGCCGAGGACAUCAAUUCCAAGGGUAUCAUUAGCAUUGAUGUUACUAAGUUGGAUGAGAUGGAUAGUGAUCAGAUGAAGGCUCUGCAAAUCAAGGAGUUUAACAAGGUGAGCGAAGACUUGAACAAGAAGCUCAAGUCGAUGGCUCGUCGCAACGAUCAUAUUGAGCGUGCUCUCAGACUUGAGGAGGCCGCCAAGUGGCAAGAGGAGGCCAAGAAGCAGCAAGAAGCAGACAAGAAGGUUCACCAAACUAGAUAUGUUGCUCUUUUGGCCAGCAGCAAGAAGGACUAUGAAGAGAAGCUUGCUCUUAAGAAGCGGUUGAUUAGACUGCUUCCAAGUUUCCAAGAGCUUAAGGACACUGUCUAUGCAGCUCGCAAGGAGGAGUUUGAGCGUCUCAAGAAGGAGAAUGCUGAGAAGCUUGAGGAGGAGAAGGCCAAGCGUCUGGCUGCUGCCAAGAAGCAGCGCGCUAUUGAGCGUGAGCAGGAGCAGCUUCGUGUGGAGGAGGAGAGCCGUCUGCAGCGCGAAAAGAAUAAGCGCAUCCGCGACGAGGAAGAGAAGGCCAAGCGCGAGCGCGCCGAGGCGGCCGCUGCAGCUACUGCGGCCCCGGCUCCGGCUCCUUCCACCAGCGGUGCUUACAGACCUCCCACAGGUCGGGCAUCUGCCAGUGCAGGUGCCGGUGCAGGUGCGUCUGCAGGAGGUUCUAAGUACGUUCCUCCAUCUCAGCGUAGCCACGAUGCUGGCGCUGGUGGUUCAUCUUCUUCAACUUACUCGCGUCCUUCUGGAGGAUCUUCUUAUGUGCCACCAUCGCAGCUCAACCGUGAUUCCGGAGCUUCUCGUCCCUCGCCGUCCAGCACUUCUACACCUAGUUCUGGUGGCAGCAAAUACGUUCCUCCUUCCAAGCGCCGUUAA